AUGUCGGACAUGAAGGCAACCGUCGCCGAGACAUCGGCUGGUUUCCACGUCCAAGGGUGGGAGAAGAUCGAAUAUGACUUCACCUUCCUGGACGGCGUCUUCGACCUACGCAACAGCCAGCUAGCUGCUUGCUACGAGCGCUGGGGUCGCUGUCUCGCGGUGAUGGACUUCAACAUCUUCGAACUCUAUGGUGUGCAGAUGCAGCAGUAUUUCGACCACUACAGCAUCGACCUCAAGGUCCACAAGACCAUGAUCGGCGAGAAGGCAAAGUCAAUCGACACCUUCUUGAGCAUCGCCGACUCCAUGACCGACUUCGGUAUCAUGCGCAAGGAGCCGGUGCUGGUUGUUGGAGGUGGCCUGGUCACUGACGUUGCCGGGUUUGCCUGCGCCGCAUACCGCAGGAACACGAACUACAUCCGCAUUCCCACGACGGUCAUUGGUCUCAUUGACGCCUCUGUCUCGAUCAAGGUUGCUGUCAACUACGGCAACUACAAGAACAGGCUUGGUGCUUACCAUGCCCCCAUGCACACCUUCCUCGACUUCAACUUCUUGCGGACACUGCCGAAAGCCCAGGUGCGGAACGGCUUCGCGGAGCUGAUCAAGAUCUCGACCUGCGCGCAUCUCGACACCUUCAAUCUGCUCGACAAGUAUUGCGAGGAGCUUAUCAACACCGGUUUCGGUUGUAUAGAUGGCGCUCCCGCAGAGGUCAAAGCUGCGGCAGACAAGAUCAACCGUGCUGGCAUCUAUAAGAUGCUGAAGCUCGAGACACCCAAUCUCCACGAGAUUGGGCUGGACAGAGUCAUCGCCUACGGUCACACGUGGUCACCGCUGCACGAACUGGUGCCUGAAGUCCCCCUUCGGCACGGACAUGCCAUCUCCAUCGACAUGGCGUAUUCUGCUACGUUGGCAAACAUGCGAGGCCAGCUCAGCGACGCCGAGUACCGCAGGGUCCUAAACCUUUUCUCGCGAGCGGGCCUGUCCAUGGACCACGCCCAAUUCGACGAGGAGAUUCUCGAGAAGGGCACCAAGGCCAUCCUGAAGACGCGCGACGGCAAGCUUCGGGCUGCGAUCCCGAGCCCUCUGGGCAGCUGCGUGUUCUUGAACGACGUGUCCUACGAGGAGAUGGUCAAGGCGCUGCACCUACACAAGCAGGUGAUGAAGGAGUACCCGCGGCAGGGCGAGGGCAUCGAGGCGUUCGUCGACGCGAGCGACACAGGAUACACCAUCAACAGCGCGGCCAACGGAGCGUCGAGCCUGAAAAAGGCGGCCGACCCGGCGGACGGGGUCCCUAACGGCGGCGGGCCUGUGCAGAACGGGUACACGAGCAAAGCAUCGACGGCGGUGCGCAAUGCGGCAGGAUGUGACGGGAUUCUCAAUGGGGUAAACGGCCACGCCAACGGCAGCAACGGCGUCAGCCACUAG